GCACUGUCGAAGUAAACGCGCUGUCGUGUGCGUGCGUUUCCCCCUCAUGAGUAUUUCUCGAGGAAUUUCAAGGAUUUCACAAUAAUUACUCGCACAAGGGAAAUUUUACUCGUAGAAUAUAUGACUCCAGGCUCGGUUUAGCUUAUUUAUCAACAUUUAUGCGUUGGGAUAAAAAAUUAAUGCAAACCAUAAAAAGAACUUUAACUGCAGGAAUGACAUUUUUGAAACUUCACAGAAUGGCGAAGCCCAUCGUGUUCGUAACGGGGAACGCGAAGAAAUUAGAGGAGUUCAUCGCAAUUUUGGGCAACAGCUUUCCUCGAGAAAUUACCAGUCGUAAAAUUGACUUGCCAGAGUAUCAAGGUGAAAUUGAUGAAAUUUGCAUCAGAAAAUGUAAGACAGCAGCGAAGAUUGUCGAAGGACCAGUUAUUAUCGAAGAUACGUGUCUCUGUUUCGACGCUCUGAAGGGACUUCCUGGACCUUACAUCAAGUGGUUCCUUGACAAAUUAGGACCUGAUGGUUUACACACUAUGCUCGCUGGGUUCGAUGAUAAGAAAGCGCAGGCCGUGUGUACGUUUGCCUAUUGCGAAGGUAAACCAAGUGACCCAGUUUUACUGUUUCAAGGAAGCACACCUGGAACGAUUGUAAGUCCCAGUGGUAGUAGGGAAUUUGGUUGGGAUCCUUGUUUUCUGCCUGAUGGUUUUGACAAAACUUAUGCGGAAUUAUCGAAGGAUAAGAAAAACGAAAUCUCGCACAGAAGUAAAGCUUUAUCAAAGCUUAAGGAACACUUCUUGAAAGAGCAUGCUAAUAGUAAAUGUCAAGCAUGAUAAUUUUUAUACAAACGACAAUUAAUUUUAUAAAAUUGAAUGUUUUAUAUUACGCGUAGUAGCAAAAACAAAAAAAUAAAUCGACGGUAAAAUUGUUUUUAAUCUAAAAAGUUCAUCUCUAAUGUUUGACAUAAUUUUGUCAAUUCAAAAUCGAUGUGAAAUCGACAUUUCAUUUGCGAAAGAGAAUUUCUUGUAUAUUUUCGACAGACAAUUUAUGUGCAAAGUAUGUGAAAAGUUUUUGUCAAAUUUGUUCCUUGAAAAAAAUAUUUUUGUGAAAAAAAUAUUUUGUAGUUCAAAAAUAAUAAGAAAUGACAAACGUGAAUGUAGGAUAAAUAAAAUAUUGUAAUUUUUCACUAAUUAAUUAAAAAAAGACGUUCUUUAAGGAAUGUGGUAGGGAAUAUGUUGAAUGUAAAUAUUUUUUCGUAUUAUAAAUAUUUUAUUUUUCUUAUCACGUAAGUCUACACGAAAAUUAAUGUGAGAAAAUAGAUUUUAUUUUUGCGUAUCGUAUUUCCGCAAUAGUCAAGAAUAUUAAUCUUAAUGUGCAACUAAUAGCUCGAACAGCGAUGAGUUAAUAUCGAAAAGUAGUAUUAUCAUAUCAAUGAUAUUUUCAUGUUUCGAAAAAAUAUUUGUACAGUAAUAAUUUCUUCAAUGUGUGUGUUUUUAAUAAUUGACAAUGUGUAAAAUUAUCAUGUAGAAGUUUUAGAUCAAUUCUGUUUUGUUAUAUUUUACCGACAUUUAUUCCGAAAAUUUGUGGUGUACAGGAGUUCUCUAUUUUAAUAAAAGCG